AUGUAUGUAACUUCAUUAUCUGUUCCAGGACUUCAUAUUAAUUGUAGAUCAAUGUUACUUCCUUCUUUUGGUGAAAAAAUAAAAGAAGCAAUUAAUAUUUUUAUUCACAUGGGAUCUUCAAUUGGUGGUAUAGUUACGUGUGGUGAUUAUAUGUUUAGUGGACAUACAACAGCUUUAACACUACUAAAUUUUACCAUAAUUGAAUAUACAAGCAACAGUUUCUGCUUACUUCAUAUAAUCACUUAUAUUUUAAAUUUUACUGUAUUGAUGUAA